AUGGAAGCUGACGCUUUUUUUCCCGAAUAUGUAGCGAUUGAGGCUCGUCUUGAAACUCCUCCAAUUUGCAACUGCAACCACGUGCUGGAUUUUCUCCGGUAUCUUGACCAGUUCGGAAAGACUAAGGUCCACCUGCAUGGAUGCGUCUUCUUCGGGCAGCCCGACCCUCCGGCGCCGUGCACUUGCCCGCUCCGGCAGGCGUGGGGAAGUCUCGACGCGCUGAUCGGCCGGCUCAGGGCCGCCUACGAGGAGCACGGCGGGUCGCCGGAUGCCAACCCGUUUGGAAACGGGGCGAUCCGGGUCUACCUCAGGGAGGUCAAGGACUGUCAGGCCAAAGCCCGGGGGAUACCAUACAAGAAGAAGAAGAAGAGGAAGAUGCCCACGCCGCCGCCGACGGCGGCGGCUGCGGCUGCGGCCAACGGUCAAGACCCGCCGGCCGUCAAGAAUCAGAAGAUGACGGCCUGA